CAAUUUUCAACGCACUCUUUUGUCCUUAAAAAAACAACACCCUCUAAAAUCUGAUCACCAAACAAGAUCCAUCAAUUGAUUCAUUUCGCCCCCUUGUCUCUCACUCUCUGACCUUCAACCAUGCAUCUUCUCCUUCUCACUCUAAUCUUUCUACUUUUAAUAUUCUUCUUCAAACUCAUACACUCACUCAUCUGGGUUCCACUGAAGAUUCAAAAACACUUCAGGAAACAAGGCAUUUUGGGUCCUAGCUACCGUCUGAUCUUCGGAAACGCGGCCGAGAUCAGACGGCGUAUGCUCGCCGAAGCUGAAUCAAGACCAAUCGCUUUUAACCAUGAUAUCCUGAAUCGGGUUGUUCCACACUACCACAACUGGUCAACCAUUUAUGGGAAGACUUUCCUGUAUUGGUUUGGGCCAAAGCCGCGUUUGGCUAUAGCCGACCAGGACAUGAUUAAGGAGGUGUUGCUCAACAAUAGUGGCUCGUUCAAGAAGAUCGAUUACAAUCCUCUGUCAAAGCUGCUAUUGGGGGAUGGACUUCUUGGGCUCGUGGGUGAGACCUGGGCUCUUCACCGAAGAAUCACCAGCCAGGCCUUUAACAUGGAGAGGGUUAAGGGUUUGGUGCCAGAAAUUGUGGCUAGUACUAUUAAGAUGCUGGGGAAGUGGGAGGAACAAAGUGGAGGGAGAGAUGAAUUCGAGGUGGACGUGCACAAAGAACUUCAUAACCUCUCAGCAGACAUUAUAUCAAGAACGGCUUUUGGGAGCAGUUUUGAAGAGGGGAAGCGCAUUUUUGAAUUACAAGAACAGCAAGCUAAUCUGGUAUUAGAGGCUAUAAGGAGUAUCUAUAUUCCUGGAUUCAGGUUUUUGCCCACUAAGAAAAACAGAAUGAGGUGGAGGUUGGAGAAAGAAACAAGAGAUUCUAUUAGGAUGUUAAUUGAGAUGAACAACAAAACAAGAGAAAAUUCUAAAAAUCUACUUUCCUUGUUAAUGUCUGCCCACAAGACUCAGGAUGGAAAAGAGGAGAGAUUGCAGGUAGAGGAGAUCAUAGGCGAAUGCAAGACCUUCUACUUUGCUGGAAAGGAAACAACUGCCAAUCUUCUGACUUGGGCACUUCUCCUCCUGGCAUUGCAUCAAGAAUGGCAGAGUAAGGCACGAGAAGAAGUGUUUAGCAUUUGCAGAGACAAUGGGCUCCCUGCUGCAGAAAAUUUAAAUGACUUCAAGAUGUUGAGCAUGAUACUCAAUGAGACACUAAGACUCUACCCCCCAGCGGUGAUGUUGAUGAGGCAAACGGCCAAAAAUGUUAAGCUAGGGAGCCUCCACAUUCCAGCUGACACGCAACUCUUUUUGGCCAUGACUGCUGUUCAUCAUGACACAGAGAUAUGGGGAGUAGACGCUAAUGAGUUCAAACCGUUGAGAUUUGCUGAGCAUCGAAAGCAUUUAGCCUCAUUUUUUCCGUUCGGGUUAGGUCCAAGAAUCUGUGUAGGCCAAAAUUUAGCUGUGGUUGAAGCAAAAGUCGUUCUAGCUAUGCUCAUCCAACAGUAUUCUUUUGAGGUAUCACCAUCGUACGUUCAUGCACCCAUGCAAUCUAUUACCCUACAACCACAAUAUGGUGCACAAAUCCUGUUUAGGAGGAUUUUGAAUUGAAGCUUUGUUAAAAGUCUCAAAGUUGUAGUUUGUUCGAGAGGGUGAAGUGUCAAAGUUGCUGUUGUUGUGGUGGUGGUGGUUUUUUUAUUUUUAUUUUUUUAUUUUUGGUCCAACAUGAAUGAUAAAUUGCUGACUGCAUUACUGCCA